AUGUCUGGUGUAUCCCUUGCGGUGGCGCCAUGCCCUGACUGCGACCAGAACCCCCCAAACAAUGACCAACAAGACCAGACGGCCGGCGCCGUUGAAGAUGUAAUGGAAUCAUUAAGUAUGAUCGACCUCCAGUUGGUAGCUUUCGUAACGGUUUUCUCAGCUAGCGGUCUUGUCCCCCUCUUCGACCUUCUCUUCCCAGCCAUCACCUCCGCCUACCUCCUCCUCUUAUCCCAACUAGUCUUCCCGGAGCACGCCUCCGCCACCACUUCAAAAGAGCGAUUAUUUCAGUCAAGUAGACGCUUUAGACUUUAUGUGAUUACGGGUCUCGCCGUGGGGCUGUUCUUGCCGUUAGCUUAUGUCUUGGGAGAGUUUGUGAAGGGAGACCAUCAUGCAGUUAAGUCGGCUACACCUCACUUGUUCUUACUCUCGUUUCAAAUAUUAACGGAGAAGAUUGUAAGUGGGCUGUGUUUGUUUUCACCUCCUGUGAGGGCUUUGGUGCCAAUGUUGUAUACAGUUAGAAGAAUCUUUGUUAUAUUGGAUUGGGUACGAGAUGUGUGGUUCAACAAAACCCUGCCAUUAAAUGCAGGAAUUAAGGAUGUUGGAUGGUAUUGGUUUGGGAGAAUCCUAGCGAUGGCUAAUCUGGGUUAUUUCUCAAUCAAUCUGUUUGGAUUUUUGAUUCCACGGUUUCUUCCAAGAGCAUUCGAGCAGUAUUUUAAGGAAAGAAGCGAGAUACACGAGAAGUCGUCGGUGAAGGACUUGAGAUCGUCUACUGUCGGAGAAAUCUGAUUAACAUGGACUGUUCAUUAAUACACGCCAAGAUACGGGUUAAUAUGUUUUGGUUUUAUGUUGAUAAAGUUUAGAUAUACGG